UGGCCGUAGACCACACGUAGCAGCCCGUACAUUCGGUUCACAGGUUGACAGCAAUUUAUUGAGACUCCCCAGAGAGUUAGAUCAAUCCAAAUAUCUGUGGGAAUGGUCCCUUAGUGGGAGCAGGGCUUCGCUCCAUGUGAUUAACGCUCAUUACACAACCUGUCUUGUCUUGUCUUGUCUGUCUGUUAAACAAGUCACAUGGUGUUUAAGGAACACCCUGAAGUAACAAGCUAUUCAGGGGCUGUUUUUAUUAUCACAGAUGAGCAAUUACUCGUAACUGUCUUGACUGCUGUCAAGGAGACUUGACAGGGACCUGCUAAGUGACAGUGCCUGAGUAGUUAUGCAAACAAUUACCAGCCAGGUAAUCAUCCUUGAGAUUUUAGCAUAGGGUCACAGUACAGAGAUAAGCCACCUAUUUAACCAUUGAAAAAAAUCAAUGUGAGGGCCCUAUAGAGGAUAUGGGAGAGUAACGACACUGGGGAGAGAACUUGAAGGAUACUAUGGUGAAGAGAAUUUUGUAACAUUCCAUUAAGCAACAAAAGAACAACUCAGUAUCUUUAUUUUACAAGCAAGAAGCUUUAGGCGGUAAAAUGGCGACAACAACUCCAGCCGCGACAGCCAUUUCGAGUGCCAAAACGAAGGCAGCUCCCCAGGCGGCCCCUGAACCUGAGCCUGACACUAGCAAGAAAAUGCUUGACCAAAAGAUGGAGAACAGGCUGAACAUCAGAGACCUGGAGCAAGUACAGGACAUUUUCAUGGCUGAUGGAGAUGGCUAUGACAAUAGACUGAGUCUCAACAGGGAACAAUUUUGUGAAGCUCUUUCCAGACUGCUCACAAAAGGAAGCAGACAAGAUUAUGCAGAACUUUUUGACAAGAUUGAUGUUACAAAGGAAGGUCAGGUAGACUGGGAUAAGUUUGCUUCACACAUGUUGCUGGAGUUCUAUGAGAAAGAUGACAGAGUAAAGUCUACACAAGUACCUCAGUGGAAGGAUUUAAAAACUCUACCAAGCCCACAUAAGGAGACAAUACAGAAGAUUGCAUACCUGAAGAAUAUUAACAGAUACAUUGCAAUUAGUAAGGAGGGCUGUGUUUCUAUGUGGGAUCCAAGCCUGAAACUGCAGAGAACCAUCAAGACUGGCACAGAAUCCUGCAGGCAGAGAGACCUGUGGAUGUCCCAUUUUGUACCCCUGCAAAACAUCAAUAAAAUUGCUCUUGCCUUUACCAGCAAAGAGAUAGCAUUCUAUGACAUGAGUUCCAACAAACUGGAGUUCAAUUGCCAGUACAAAGUACAGGGACUGGAGCACACCCCUCUCUGCCUGGAUUACUGGUUUAACCCUAAGAAUACCAAUGAGGCUGUCAUAGUGUGGGGAGAUGUGGGUGGUUGUGUCAAUGCUCUUCUCUUCAGCACAGCUAACAUUGCCCUGUUUGAGAGACCCACUGCUCCUGCUGGGGAGAAGCAAGAGACCACUCUCAAUAUCCAACUCAAAGAAAUCUCCAGGACAAUAGAUAACAGAGAGAAAGCCAAGUAUAAAAAUGCCAGAUAUAUCAGGCACCAUGGGCACUCAGAGUGGGUCAGACAAGUUAAGUAUGCUCCCAACCUGGAUGCUUUCAUCAGCGUGUCUACCAGUAAUGCAAGGGCCAUUGUGAUUGGUUGGAUAGAGAAGGGGGAUUCGUUACGUGCCAUGAAAACGACUGCCUUCCACAUCUCCCAGGGAGUUAAUGGGCUAGACUACCAUGAGGGACUUAAUCUCAUAGCCACUGCUGGGGUAAACCACCAGGUGUGCUUGUGGAACCCAUAUGUUGUCUCCAAACCUAAUGGGGUACUAAGAGGCCACAUGGCCAGUGUUAUCCAGGUCCAGUUUAACACCACCCGUGGCCAGCUGAUCAGUUUCUCCAAGGAUAAAGUCCUGAGGAUAUGGGAUGUCCAGCUCCAGGUGUGCAUACAGAGGCUGGCUGGCAUGUUCCCCAAAGGACCAGAAGUGUAUAGUGUUCUAUAUUUGGAUGAGAUCAGAAACAGACUGUUCAUCACAUUUAACUAUCAGCUAACUUUGAUGGAAAUGAAGGCAGAGGUGAAAAAUAGGAUUCUGAGCCAUGAGAAACCAAUCUGUAGUGUCAUCUACAACUCUCUAUACAAUCAGGUGAUCAGUUCCUGUCAGGCAGGCACUGUGGUGGUUUGGAUGAUAGACACGGGACAGAAAGUGAAGCAGUUCACUAACACACAUGGUACCAACGAGGUGACAGCACUGGCGCUGGACCAGAGUGAGACCAGAUUGUACACAGGGAGCACAGACGGAACAGUCAAGAUCUGGGACUUCAAUGGUCAUUGUUACCACACACUGGACUGUAGUGAGGGUCAUCCAGCAGAUAUUGGUCAGAUUAUAGUGCUGAAGAGAAAUGUCCUUGUGGUGGGAUGGGCCAGGCAUAUUACAAUCUUCCGUCAAAACAACCUGAAAGACUUCCACGUGUUGCCCUCGGAUUGGAAAGGAGGCCAGGAGCAUCAAGAUGACAUACUAACAGCAUGCUUCAGUCCUCCCAACAGAGCAGCCACAGCUUCAUAUGAUGGUGAGAUAGUCAUCUGGAACAUGAAUUCUGAGCAUGCCUCCAAGCACCUCAACCAGCGGGCCAAGAAAGUGACCAACAAAAACAGGAGGUCCACUUUAAUACCAAGUAGAGCAAGCAGAGAGCUGACAAGGGAGGGCACCUUUGAAAGUGUGAGCCCAACCCGCAACCCACCCACACCAAGGAAUGCAACGACACCUCGCAAUGCACCAACGCCUGGCACGGCACCUACACCAUUAUCACGUGCAUCUCCGCAACGAACAAAAUCUCGCAUGAGUGUGGCAGCAAUCAGCGAGGAUCAGACAGGGUACGAGUACGCAGUGACCAGGGUCCUGUUUCUGGAAGCUAGGAAGUCUCACUCGGCGUCGGGGACAGCAAAUUUGGUCUCAUGUGGUGGAAAUGGCUGGGUCAGGUUCUGGAACACUUCUACAAGUGCUGGUACUCUCAUGGGGGAGUUUGUCUCCCAUCCACAAGCUGCCAGUGUGAUCAUGGCUACAGACCAGCACAACCAGUACUUGGUGACAGGUGAUGUGGAUGGUAACAUGAAGGUGUGGAACAUCUCAGAGUAUUGUAUCAGACAGGCUGAUGAUGUGGUUACAAAUCAACCACCUAUGACUGCAUCGUGGCAGCCUCACGUAGAUGUCAUCACCAGUCUUGUGAUGUGUGAGAGGAAUGAGCGCCUCCUGGUGGUGUCCGCCUCCAUGGACUGCAGUGUACAGCUCUGGGACAUAUAUGGCAACUUGAUUGGGGUGUUUGGACAGGAGGAUCACUGGAAAAUAGAGCCAUAUGUUCCAAAGAUGGAAGUAGAUGAAGAAACCAAAGAGGAAGAGGAAGAGUUUGCUGACACUGACAUGAUAGAACCAGAUGCAGACAGCCAUUGGGAGCCUGAAGAAUCUGCAACUGACCAACCAGAAACCUACAGGUUUAACACAUGGGACAAAACAUGCCUAGGUAAAACAUACCAGGAGACCAGGACUCACAAACGAGAGCGGAGACAACCCAAGGUGAUGCCUAACCUGCCAUAUCUACACUGGGAGAGGACAGGGGAUCCACCAGCAGGACCCUUUGCUGCACUGGAGAUGAAUGAGUUGCAGGAACUCAAUAAGAUAGACAAGCCAGACUUCAUUGCUCAUCCACACAAGUAUUUCUCUGAGAGAUCCAACAAUGAGGAACAGUCUGUAAAGUUACCAGCUUUAGCUGAAAGUUUGAAGACUCCAUUUGAUGAGAAGACUCUGUUUUACAAAGCCAAGUAUAUCUUGGAUUAUGAGACCAGGAUGAAACAAUACCACAAGACAGUUCUAGAAGGAGGAGGGAAAAAACAGAAAUUAGGAGGAGGGAAAAUUGCCAUUCCUACACUUCCAAACCAGAGCCAGGCUCCUCCAAGCAGGGCCCCUGCUAAACCACAGAAACUAAAGCCAAUUCAACAGUCCAGGGGCAGCUCCCAGAGCUAAUUAUUAAUAAAAACGGUUUCUUUUUUUUUCACAGCUAUAGCAGUGGAUACAGACACAAUGUUGCACUGAUAAUCAUAAUGGUAAUUCUUUGGAAAUGAGUUCAGUGUAGUAACUGUUAAUGGCUUGAAGCUGUUUUAGAUCAGUUUUAUUUAAAGAUAGUAUUAUAUAAAUAUUCUGUGAUGAACUAAGAAGGGUAAGAUUGACAAAUGUUGUAAAUUCAAAGUUUAACUGAUGACCCUAAAUAUGAUGAAACAUAAAUUAUAUUGCAGGAUAUUUUGUUCAGUUUGUAAAUAUCCUUAACUCAAUAUCAUAUGCCAAAAUUAGUAAUGCAAUUCUUACCUCCUGCCUAACAAUAUAUUUUAUGUCUGAUGAAGUAAGUAAUGCACGUUACCCUUCAGUAUUUUUGUCCAAGUGAAGAAAAAAUUUUCUUAAAGAGGUUUAUUUUAAGGGUACUUUGAAUUGAAUUUGGAUUGCAAUUCAAAACAAUGAUCAUCAAUAAGUGCAUGUGCUAGUACUUUUUAUUGGCACAAUUUACGGAAAAUUGAUAAUUUUAUACAGCUUUUUUAAUAUUGUUUUGUUUACUUAUCAUUAGAGGGACAAAAAAUCUGAUUAUCUGAAAAUUAUUUUCUUAUUUUUACUGAACAGAAAAUACUUCAUUUUAUAAAAUCAUGGACCAGCUGUAAUAUGUGACUCUUAAAAUACCAACAGGGAACUUUCUAAAUGUCUUUUCACAUUGUAAAUAAUAACUUAGCAAUAUAGCUGUACCAGUAUUUUUUGAGUAAUUGGCAAAUUGAUACCCUGACUAUUACCUAAAAGAGAUCCCUAAUAAGUUGUAGGAAGCACUGGGCUUGACAUAGUCAGUUGAUGAAAUUCUGCCAAAAAAAGCAUGAUGGGUGCUUUUGGAGAACCACGCAAGAGAUUCUGCUACAGGUGUGUUUCUAAGAUGGAACACUUGAUGUGAAAUGUCUUUUUAAUAUAUAAGUGUAAAGAUUUUUCAUUACACGAUGUAUGCUGUAUAUGAUAUGUAAACAAAAAGGGUAAAUAUUUUUGUACCAGGUAUUUCAAGCUAAACAAUUUAUAUGCGAAUUGUUGAUGCUAUAAUAAAAAAAAACAUUUAGGAAAAGUUACUCGUAUUAGAAUGGUGACCUCUGAUAUUUGAAUGAUGUGAUAAUGUCCAAGUGAAUUAUUUUUUAUGCAUAUUUACACUGUACUUAUUUUGCAACUGUGAUGCAGUAUAGCUGUAAAGCACUGUAGCAGAUAAAAUAAUUGUCAGAAAUAAUUUUCAUUAGCUAAAUUAUGUACAGUAAGUGCUG